AUGGGAGACCUUGCAGUCCAGUUCAACGCUGCAACUCCCACCAAUGUCGAUGGUGUUAUGGUAAAUGCCAUCGCAAGCAACAGUCUCUCGGUCAGAGUGGGCACUGAGGAAAGGCUCCCAGGCACCUACACGCUCCUUAUCUCUGGAAACGGCACAUGCAACCCAUCAUCUUCAUCCUCUCUUUGCAAAAUGCAGCCUGGCCUUAUAUCCUCGACUCAAAAGACCUUGGUCAAUGGCAAGAUGGUAUACGAGCUUGUGGACCCAAGCAAGCCCUCUUCUGAGUCUCAGGCUGCUGCGGAAUUGUCCACCGACUAUCUUCCGCUGCUAGAUGGCUCCAAGCAGCUUCUCAUCAACACCACCGACGGCCAACCUCAAGACACUGCAACUUUGGUUGCGGAGCCAUUCGCUACCGAACACACCGUCGCAAGCAACGUGUACAAGGCCUCAACCCAGAGGGGUCUCGGACGCAUGGGAUUCAACUUGGCUACCAGGACCAUGGUUGCACGAGCACGCAAGUCUCGGGAGCCAAGGCCCAGGAAGCCCGUCAGGAACAUCACAUUGAACUUUGGCAACAGGACUCAAAGCGAGGGCAGCAGCGAGAUUCUCCACACGACGUCUCUGAUCUGGGCUUUUGCGGCUCUUACUAUUUUCCAUGUCGUCUAA